AUGUCUGCCACCGACAGGAACACUAAGCCAAGGGAUGCAGUAUCCCGACGCCGUAGUCCUUGGGCUGAAACGGUGCUUUGGGAAUCCGUCCCAGUGUCCGCCAGAGCGCAAACAUCUGCGCCCAGUCACCUCGUGCCCCUCCCGAGACCGGUUCCAUUCAUAAGACCGGUCAUUAUACGUACAGAGGACGCUCCAGCGACGAAGAACAGGACACGAGGCUCCAAGAAGAAGCGGGUUUACAUGGAAGAUGUGUCGACGGCCAAUAAUGAGGCAUCGACCUCAUCUGUUUUACUUGGUCUCUCUGGGAAGAAGCGAAGCAUAGAGGGCAACUUCCCAACUUCGCGCAUAAAACGGAGACGCGUGGAAGCAUCGAGCGCAAAGAGGGCCGAACAAUCAAAUACCACCCCUGCCACUGUCUCUCCGCCGACACUACUGGGGCAGAUGAACUCGAGGGGCGGUUUGACCAGAAGCAACGUAGAAGUGCUUGGGUUCCAAAAUGGAUCCGCUCAGUCGACUGAUCGAACCUAA